GUUAUAUAUUAAUCCUGUAUUGUUAUUUUUAACUUUCAAAAUAUUACAAUAGUAACUCAGAUCCUAGCACUCAAAUCUACAUAUCGCAUUUCCCUUAUUUAGAUCUCGAUAUUCUUAAUUCACUUUAUUUAUUCAGAAUUUUUAUCAAUUACAAAUUUCUCAAUAUUUUUAAGAAUGGCUACUAUUCCUGAUGUCAACUUUAAUUCGGAUCUCGGUACACAGGAUUCAAUUCUCACAGUUUUCUCAAAUACCGAGAAAGUUGAAUCUUGUGAAUCAGACCACGAAAGUGUAGCGUCUGAUGAUUCUACUUCUAUCUCCAAUUCUAUUGAAUCAAAACUUUCAAUCUCUGAGGAGUCACAAACUGAUCAACAGGUAACAAACGCUCCUGUUACUACUGUUAUCUUCACUCGUGUUGACGAAAGGGAGUUGAAAACACAACUUAACUCUUUUUAUCUACACCUUCUUAAAAAUAAUUAUAAUAAACCGUUUCUACCUGGUGACCCUAGUUUUCACCCUGUUAAUGAUCCCAUAUACGGCACUCAAAACCCCUCAAUUACCGGAAAUUUAUUAUAUUUGUACGAAUGCAUUAUUAGAAAAAGAGUCGAACUUAUGAUAGAUAAGGGGAAAGAAAGAACUCUGAGUUUUGAAGACAAACUGUUAUUAACACAUCAGGUGAAAAGGGCUCCUGAGCAUCUAAUUUGUGAAAGGGGGAAGGAUUUGUUAAUCAAGCUCAUCAACAAUCCAAUGAGUUCAAUAGAAUUUGAGGAAUCAUCCGACGUCUUAAGAAAACAUAUUUAUCAUUUUAUCGUUCACUACUUAAAUGAAAAACUAAUAACCGUUUCAAAACGUAAUAAUCUUAAGGACAAUAAUCCUAAGGACAAUAAUCCUAAGGAUAAUAAUCUUAAGGAUAAUAAUCUUAAGGAUAAUAAUCUUAAGGAUAAUAAUCUUAAGGAUAAUGAUAUUGAGGAUGAGGAGUUUGUGUUUUUUGGGAGAUUGAUAAGUGAAGAAGAACAUUUGGAGAUACAGAAAAAAAUAUAUGUAUUGAUUGAGGUGACUAUAGUGAAGAAUUUUAGAACUUAUAUUGAGGACAAAUAUGAAAAACAUUUCAGUGGCGUUAAAUAUGCUGACAUUCACGAACAUAUUAAAAAUAGGCUGAAUGAAAUGUACUCAGUUGACUUGGAACAAGAAAAUAAUACCGAUGGUCAAUCUAUGCACAAUCGUAUUACGUCUAAAAUUCCAACUUCUAAAAAGCCACAAACUACUCACUCGGUGAUAAAUACUCCUGUUACUCCCAUUGACUACAGUCCCGAGGAACAAGAAUUAAGUGCACAACUAGAGUCUGUGUAUCACCUAGUGUUUACGAAGUUUUACAAUCAAGCAUUAAUAAAAAACCCCUUCCUUUUCUCAGCUUAUUUGGAUGAUUUUUUGUGUGAUAUUCGAGAUUUAGUUCCAAAGUUAAUACUAGAAGAUGACGAAGAAUAUACUGAAUGUAGCGCAAUUUGGGUAGUACAUAACAUUACCAAAAACCUUUUAAACGCCGAGGAUAAGAAAAGAUAUGUAGACGAGCUUAAAAAUACUCCCGAGCAUCUAAUUGACCAGGAGGAGAAGGAUUUAAUAAUAAAGAAUUAUGCUGAAUGCCUUUUAAAAUCCGAACCACAGCUUUAUAGAGCGGAAAUUGAGAAGUUGUUACUUAAAAUUAAGGCUCAUAUUGACGAUAUAACAAUUAACUAUUUAAGUGAACGCAUUUUGGGCUUUUCAAGAGAAUUUAUGAAUGAAUUUAAGGUUGGGAAAGAGUUUGAGUUUUUCAAUAAUUUAAUCACUCAAAAAGAAAAUUUCAAUGUCGAGGAUAAAAUAUACUAUACGAUUUUAGAAAUUAUGGAGAAGAAAGUACUAGGAUCCGAUGAAGAUAUUAAAAUAUUGCGGUAAAAAUUUCAAAUACUAAAGUAUUCCAAUAACUAUUGCAAAAGUGUGUAUCUCCUCAGAAACGAACU